GCAUCAAACAUCAAACAUGCUCUCAAAUUUUUUUUAACCAAAUUCUUUUCAUUAUUUAAUUUUUUUUCCUUCUAAGAUCUCUCGGUGGUGAUGGCCUUCGGCCUGAAGGUCAUAAUUCAGCCUCCAGUUUACAAUUGAUAUUGCUUGAGAAGCUUCAGAUCGAACCCGGACGAAGCUCUCCCUGCCGUCGCCGACGCCCAGCCAGUGAUCUGGCUGCUGCAGCUGCUCUGGAAGUUGCGGGCAGUCAACAGCGAGGGUCCCCCUGCGACCCCGAGUUUCCGACGGCAGUCAGCAGCGUGGAUGUUCUGCGACCCGCGAAUUUCCGCCUAGGGGAGAGACCAUUAAGCUCCGUCAAUGCGCCUCCCCAGCGACGGUGGCCCCGAUAAACUCCUGAAGCAGCACUCUCAUGGUCUUCGAUCCAGAAUCUGAAGAGACCCGACCCAAAGCAAUUUCUUCAACGGAUAGUGGUGAGAUCCAAGAUGCGGAUCUGAAUUUGAAAAACAGGGGCCGAGACCAGCCAUUGCUUCUUGCAUCGCCGCCCAAUGCUCCCUUUGAACAACGACCCCCCGCCAGUUCGCCGGAAGUCAAUUGGCAGCAGAUCCCACAGAUCCAGCAUUCUUGGGAAAAAGUUCCCCUCGGGUUCAUUUUCCUGGCGCCGGCAACGGAGGGAAGGCCGACAUGCCAAUCGAACAGAUCUCGUCUGGUAGCUGAUUAGACAUGGACUGAUGUUCUGAAUUCCAGCCCAUAGAUGAGAUAACCCCAGGUCGCCUUUUCAAUUUUCAAGAUGGAAAAUCUGGAAGGUAAUGAUAUCUUCUUUCCUGCCAAGUAUGAGGACGAGAAAAAAAUUUUCACAUCAACAAUUGAAGGUCUACUAUCCUCGGAAGAACCUCCUAGCAAGAGAUUUCGACUAAUAAAAGGGAAGCCACAAGUUAUACAAAAGGGCAGGGUGAAAGAAUCUACCGUUAAAAAGUUUGAUACUAUGAAGCCGGUGUAUCCUGAUGACAUGGAAGUGGUUCCUAUAACCAUUAAGAAGGGCGAAUACAUCGAUGUGAUAUCCUUAUUGUCAUCAAACAAGAGUAGUGAUGCUAAUAGCAACUACCUCCUUCGUAGCAAAAGCUUUGAUCAAGUCCAAGUUGAGAGCCUUAAAGGAAAAUAUGUUUGUCUCUGUUGUUUCGUGGUGCCCGUUGUCCUUGAUGGUUGUCAGGCCUGUUUAGCCCAAAGUUUUUCCCAGUUGUCCCAUGAGCUGUCUAGUAGAAACGACUUUGAGAUGGUCCUGGUUAUUAAGAUGAAGCAACCCUGGAAGGAUGAGAAGGCUGUUUUUGACCACUUCAUGUCAGCUUUUAAUUGCCUUGUAGUUCCAUAUGAACAUGCAUUUCAACGAGACAAAAUAUGCAUGUCUUUAAAACGACUUUCAUUUGGCUUGGGUGGAUUCAUCGUUGAUCCCAAUCAGAAUGUGGUGCAAGAACGCAUUUGGUGCUUGCAUCAUUGCGGUGGUGGUGCAUUUCCAUUCACUGAUGACAAGCUCCUUCUUUACUUCAACAGAAAUUGGGAAAGCAAGUCCAUUGAGGAGCUGUUGUUGGCGAUUCCUCUUCUUUACUUCUUCACAAGGUAAAUGGACAAGCAGAGAAGUUAUGCAUUUCAGCUCUCAAAACAAAGUUUGUUGUGUUAUACUUGUGCGCAAAUGGUUGGGGAGCUGAUAUCCCUUUACUAGAGAAGGUUUGUCAGCAUUGUGAAACUUUAGGGCAUGAGCUUGAGAUUGUGUUUGCAUGUAUACCUUAUCAAGGUUACAACCCGGAGGUAUUCCAAGAGGUUAUAGAAUCUGUUUUGAAGAAGCGCGAACUAUCCUGGUGGAUUUUACCCUUCAACAACACAAUAUGUCAUAGGUUAAACGAGCUAUUUCCUGUUGAGUUAGGAGAUAUGUUUGUAAUUAUUUCACAUGGAGAAUGUGUAGAACCGUAUGGAAAAGAAGUGAUACUAAAUCUAGGGAUCGAUACAUAUCCUUUUACCAGAGAUAGUUUUAUUCGGAAUACUUUUAAGAGAUUGAAUGAGCUCAGCUUGGAGUCCUUACUAGAGAGAUCGACUGGAAAUAUUCAUCGCGGGAAUGAUCCUGAUGCUCACCUUUCUGUGACUUCUCUUCGGGGCAAGAAUGUUCUUCUUUAUGUUGGCAGGGUUGAGAAACGCUUAAUGCAUCUCGCUGAUGUCAAGAAGUGGUAUAAUGAAAUUAAGGAAAAGAUUCCAGAUUUCGAAUUGCUAUUUGUUCCUUUAGACACAUCUAUAUCAAAAGAGGGUGCUGAACGUAUGCUGUCUAUGCCUUGGUUUGUAUGCUCAUCUGAUCCAGCUCUCUCUGAGUUUGUGACUUUGUGGGCGCCACCUUAAUCAUUUCAGAGUACUUUCAGGCGGAGGACCUGUUUGCAUUCGGGCCAAAUGGUAGGAUUUGUUCGAUUGACGUACUUCAUAUCCUAUGUUGGAAGGGGAUAUCUAGUUAUCCAUAUGUUGGGGACCUUGUGGAAGAGAUAUGUAGUAAACUAGCAGAGUCUUUUGACAAUGACUAUCUGUCUGAGAUGGCCUGGGGCAUUCCAAGUCUUCUAAGAAUUGGAAAAUAUGAAGAUCUGAAGAUAUGAAGUUGGCGUGGUUCAAUCUUUUUUCAAGUUUGAUGGCAGAAUCUCUAUUUUGGUGUUCAUCCCCCUGUGAUUGUGCACAUGGCCUAGUGCUAUGCAGAUACUCGCAUCGCAUCUGGGUGACGAAGUAUAUGUGGUUUGCUGAAACCAAGCAUACGAAACUCAUGCAAUUAGGAUGGAAAUAUUCGGGAAUAGCUGUAUCAAGAUCUUCAGGAGUACUUUCUAGUCGAUGACUCAACAACAACGACCGAAUCACCUCCUCCUUCCAGUUCCUUCUAGCCCGACCCUUCCUCCACCCCAACCCAUUAUUGUAAGCAUCUCGUAUCUCCGCAUCGGGGACUCAGUGCUAUGCUGCUUCACAUCACCAAAUCAUCUCAACCUAACCCCAAAACUCUUUCCAUUGUUCAAAACCGACCCUAGAUAAUUAGAUAUACAACAACCCUCUAGGAUUCCAUAAAAGUAGGAUCUUUGGAGGAUUCCAUCUACGUAGACCUUAAUGCUAUUAGAAAGUAGAGAGAUCAUUGCCAAGAGACCUCUUGAGCAAUUUCAAAAUCAUAUAACAUAACAUAAAAGAUCAAAAUGCACACUGAAGACACAGAAAACACUAGGAGACAAAAGACACACGCAACUACAAGCAUAUUAUAAAGAAUUCAUAAUAUUUUCCAAAGAUCAUAUAGCACGCUGAAGGCAAGAGAAACACAAAGAGACAAAACACAUAAACAACUGCAAGCAUAUUCUAAAAAACUCAUAAUAUUCUCCAAAAUUAUAUACUCCCUCCGUCCCUCAUAGAUCUUCUCAAUAGCCCUUUUUUUCUGUCCACAAUAGAUCUUCUCAUUUCAUUUUUUAACAAUUAAAAUAUCAUAACUACCCCUACUUACUUUAUUUAUUACACCUCAUCCACCUCAUUUAAUACACUCCACCCAUAUUUCAUUAAGGGUAUUAUGGUAAACUUUCAUCUUUUUUCAUCUCUCCUUAAAAACCACCAAAAGUCAAAAUGAGAACAUCUUAGGGGGACAGAGGGAGUAAUAUGAUGUCUUGUAACGCCUGUGCUAAACUUAUGUUGUGAUGUUACUGCGUUCAAGUCUUCAAGGUUUAUUAGCUCUUUGUGAAAUCCAUUUGAAGUCUGAGUGAUACGCACUGGUAUGAAAAUUUCCUUUAACAUCCUUUCAUUCUCUUCAUUGAAUCUUGUUAUUCAUGUGGUGACACCAAGUCUUGUAGUAAACUCGUCACGCAAUCCAUAUGCAGGUAGACAAUACAACUCUUCGUCGCCGAUCUCUUUGGUGCUCAACUCUUGAGUGCAAUUCGCUAGUGUAAGAGUUGAACAAGAAAAGAAGCAUGAUAACUUUUAAAGCGAAUGAAUGUGAACGGAAGAAAUGAUAUAAUAAACAAAGAGCGCAAUUACUCAGGUAUAAGAAAAUCUUAUCUAUAUCCAAUAUUUGUGAUUUAAAAGUCAACUCUUUGGCUACACUACAUCUACCGUGAAGAUAGUCUAAUUACACAUGAAAUAACCAUGGACGUGUCAUUCUCUGGUCUAAAAUC